ACCUCAACUGUAAGCUCCGGUCACCGUCUCCGCUGCCGUCGCCGGGAGCCACCUCACAGGGGAACAGGUCACAACUGUUGGCCGUUGUCCAGAAGAGUAAAAGUGGGUCUUGCCACGCUCGGAGCUACCUGGCGCCUCACCGGGCUAGAGCUGGAGAACAAGUCGUGUGGUGGCCACCGGCGUGGAGCGGGACGGGAGCCCCCUUGGAGGGGGCAGCCCCGAGAGAACCUGCUGCGGCCCGAGCGGUAAAAAUAAGUGACUAAAGAAGCAUAUCUGGGAGUCAUCUAACAUGUUGAGGAGAAGAUUUGAUUGCCGAAGUAUUUCAGGCUUGAUAACUACAACUCCUCAAACUCCAAUGAAAAUGGAAAACUUUAAUAAUUUUUAUACACUUACAUCUAAAGAGCUGGGAAGAGGAAAAUUUGCUGUGGUUAGACAGUGUAUAUCAAAAUCUACUGGCCAAGAAUAUGCUGCAAAAUUUCUAAAAAAGAGAAGAAGAGGGCAGGAUUGUCGAGCAGAGAUUCUACAUGAAAUUGCCAUACUUGAAUUGGCAAAGUCUUGUCCUCAUGUAAUUAAUCUUCAUGAAGUCUAUGAAAAUGCCAGUGAAAUCAUUUUGAUACUGGAAUAUGCUGCAGGUGGAGAAAUUUUCAACUUGUGUUUACCUGAGCUGGCUGAAAUGGUUUCUGAAAAUGACAUUAUCAGACUCAUUAAACAAAUACUUGAAGGAGUUUGUUAUCUACAUCAGAAUAACAUUGUUCACCUUGAUUUAAAGCCACAGAAUAUAUUAUUGAGCAGCAUAUACCCUCUUGGAGAUAUAAAAAUUGUAGAUUUUGGAAUGUCUCGAAAAAUAGGGAAUGCUUGUGAACUUCGGGAAAUCAUGGGAACACCAGAAUACUUAGCUCCAGAAAUCCUGAACUAUGAUCCUAUUACCACAGCAACAGAUAUGUGGAAUAUUGGCAUAAUAGCAUAUAUGUUGUUAACUCAUACAUCUCCAUUUGUGGGAGAAGAUAAUCAAGAAACAUACCUCAAUAUUUCUCAAGUUAAUGUAGAUUAUUCAGAAGAAAUUUUUUCAUCAGUUUCACAGCUGGCCACAGACUUUAUCCAGAGGCUUUUAGUAAAAAAUCCAGAGAAAAGACCAACAGCAGAAAUCUGCCUGUCUCAUUCUUGGCUACAGCAGUGGGACUUUGGAAGCUUAUUUCACCCUGAAGAAACUUGCAGUUCCUCUCAAAGUCAAGAUCAUUCAUUAAGGUCCUCUGAAGACAAAACUUCUAAAUCCUCUUGUAAUGGAACUUGUAGUGAUCGAGAAGACAAAGAGAAUAUUCCAGAGGAUAGCAGCAUGGUUUCUAAAAGAUUUCGCUUUGAUAACUCAUUGCCCAAUCCCCAUGAACUUGUUUCAGAUUUGCUGUGUUAGCACUUUUCUCUUUGAGUUAUUUGGACUGAAUUUGGAAUUUGAAAUCUACUCCAAUGUGAGGUUGUAGUUUGUAGCUUCAUUUAUGGCUUGUUUAUAUUGUAAAUGCACUUUUGCAUAGGAGAGUUUAGGGAAGUGUUUUGAUGCUACAUUACUAGCUACCAGUAUAAUUUCAUUUCCUGUUCUGAGAUACUAACUGCAGAGAAGAAAUAUUUAAAUAUAUGACAAAAGAUAAAGUUGUGCAUGUGAGUUUACAUGUUAGGGAAAUAAUUAAGUUCAAAUGGGUUUUUCAAAAUGUUUUACAGAU